AAUCAGGAAUAAAAGGUGGAUGCCUAAUAAUUUUCCAUGGAAACCCUGGCAAAAUUGUCUUUUUUUUAAAAUGAGGGGAAUAAAGAGGAACAUCGUUAUGGUGGAGAAGAAUUCUCUGGUGAAAUUUUCUGGAAAUUUUCCUUCUAAAGAUUUGGCUAACUUUCCCCAAAUACUCUCAUAAUAGCAUGUGUUAUUGGGUUUUUUGUUUUUCGCCCUCUAGAAAGCCAACAAGCAAAAUGCCUUGAGCAUCCUAAGACACUGUUACUAUGAGCCUUGUUCCAGACCAGUCACCUUUUGCUGAGACUGGACCACUUUCACCUCUUGGUAGCCAUUGUUUUAAUUGUGUUUUGUCUUGAAAAUUUCAUUGGAACAGCUGUGUUUGACUGUUUCUCCUGCCGCCCUGAUCCCGCCUUAGCCAUGAGAGAGAUUGUGCUCACGCAGGCCGAGCAGUGCGGGAACCAGAUCGGUGUGCGGUUCUGGGAGGUGAUCUCUGAUGAACAUGCCAUCGACUCCGCUGGCACCUGCCAUGGGGACAGCCGUCUGCAGCUGGAGCGCAUGGAAGUAUACUACAAAGAGGCCUCUGGUGGCAGGUACGUGCCCCGCGCUGUGCUGGUGGAUUUGGAGCCAGGCAUCAUGGACUCUGUGCGCUCAGGGCCCUUCGGGCAGAUCUUCAGACCGGACAACUUCAUCUUCGGAAAUUCAGGGAGGCUUGGAUUUGCUGAAGCUCUAGACAAACUUGGGCUUGGAUAUGGAAACAGCAUGGAGCUGGGGCUCUUCUGCAUGCUGGAGUCUGAGUAUUUGCACACUGGUGCACCCACAGGUGUUCCCCACCUGGAGCACAGCUGUGGACAGAAGCCGGGAAAGCUGUGGAGGAAAGAGGAGGAGGAGGGAGUCUCAGGGCGGCCCCAGCAGCCAGGCAGGGCCUCUGAAACCGAAGAAAAGGGAGUCUCUGUCCUAGGGGAGCGAGCACAGGCCUAUCUAUGCAGUGGGCACACGGCCCCGGUUGGAGAAAGGCCCUUGGAUACAUGCUGGUUUCACCAGCGUCUGUGGAUUGGGUUUGGCCUGGACCCCUGGACCCCAGGAGGCCGGUAG